AUGCAGUCCCUCUGGCUACCAUCUCCUGUUUUUGUGCUCCUUCGCCGCGUCGUGAAUGUCUUCUCCACACUGUCCAUCUCCCAGCAAUAUCUCCGCCAAAGGUCGCAGCUCGUAGUCGAAGAUGCUAGAGAUGCACCAGAUGAGGGCACAAUGACCCUGUGGGAGGCCUUCAAAUACAUUAAAUGGCCGGGCUGGAUUAACUUGGAACGCGGUGCUCAGCCAAUAACUGUUACUCUGGGAGCAGACUUUGGCUCUGAGGCUAUAAACCAGUCGGAUAUCUCAGACCCUCCUGAUGAUAUUCCAUUAGCGAGUCCAUCCAUAGACACGCUUCAUCAACUAUUACGGAGUCCUGCGUUGUAUGACCCAGUGCGUAAACCUCGAUAUCCCAUUGCGUUAUGCCAUGGACUCUAUGGUUUUGAUGUACGAGGCCCCGCUGCAUUCCCUAUACUUCAGCAGCAUUACUGGUCCAACGUGCUGAAUAUUCUGAGGCAGAAAGUUGGCGCGGAAGUAUUAGUUACAUCUGUCCCGAGCACCGGAUCUAUCGCAUCUCGCGCGGAGAUUUUGGAUCGCUUUCUGCAGAACAAGGCACCUGGUAGAGGAAUCAACUUCAUCGCGCAUUCGAUGGGUGGGCUGGACUGCAGGCACUUGAUUUCGCACAUUAGACCAACAGACUACACGCCACUGUCGUUGACUACUAUAGCGACCCCUCAUCGCGGUAGUCCAUUCAUGGAUUGGUGUCGGGAAAAUAUUGGCCUUGGGCGUCUUCAGCAUAAAGGGCACGCAGCGACGAGUGCAAGUGGUCUGGCAGAAAUCGACGCCUCAGCUGGAUCAUCUCUCUGUCGAAAUUCACAGAAGCAAGUAUCGGACGAGAGGCCCUCUGAACCGAGAUUCACACUCUCACUGGCAUCAUUACCGUCAUCUUUCACAACGCUCCUUCUGUCCGUGCUCGACUCGCCCGCAUAUGCGAAUCUCACAUCCACUUACUUGAAUAAUGAGUUUAACCCAGCUACGCCGGAUCACCCAUCCGUGAAGUACUUCAGUGUUGCAGGCCGCAUCUCCGGCGUUGGUGUAUGGCAUCCCUUAUGGCUGCCGAAGAUGGUGCUUGAUGGAUUUGAAGAGCGCGAGCGCGAGCGGCUGCGCCAAGACGCGGACCCGCUAUGGACGCGUAAGGAUGAGUGGGGGAACGACUGUCUUGUGACAAUUCAAAGCGCGCGAUGGGGAGAAUUUCUGGGCGUAUUAGAGGGGUGUGACCACUGGGACGUGCGCGGCGCACGGGGCAUUGAAGUCGAUCUUCCAUCAGUGACUGUGCCGGGAUUGAACAAAGUUGGAGACGGAUGGAAUCUGGCCGACUGGGGUAAGUUCGUGCGUGCGUGGAAAAGCGAAGAGAAAGCUGCUGCAAAAAGCGCCGGCGCUGGGAUCAGUGAGCAGACACAUGAGAAGGUGCAUCAGAGGGUUGGGAACUACGAGAGGGAGCAUGCAGACGAAGUGCUGAAGUCUUCCACGGACAAGCUGUCGGCUGUAUUCGACUGGAUCGUUGAGCAGGUGCCGGCCAACCCUCUAACAUCGCUCGCUACUGCCGACGAAGGGUCAAGAUGGAGACUCCUCCCCGACUCCAACCCGACUCCCUGGAAGGAGGCACCACGGCAAGCUGCCUCGGAGGCCCUAUGGGUCAUAGAACUCAAACUAAAUCACUCGACUUCAGGACCCGUUCCAUUGCUGUUUAAUCCAACCAACUUGAUGCCAUCCUCCUUGUUCACGACCUUUCAUGUCUUGCUCAACACGCCAAUGAUGCCACCAGCCCCGCGGCCGGACACGCUGGAGAUACAGCUAGAAGAGUUACAUACAUCCCCAUUAUGGAGAUCCAGUUUCGAUAGUACGCUGUCGAUGGCCUCGUCGGAUAGUAACACCUCGACCCCAUUAGUUCCACCACGGUGCCGCGAAUCUGCACAGAAAGCUCGUUAG